AUGGCGGCUCUCGAGCAAAACCCCGCCGACGAAUUGGUCGAUUAUGAGGAAGAUGAGCAGCAAAAUGACACAAAGGAGAAGGGUGUGGGGGAGGAAGCAGUAGGUCGAGGGAAUUACGUCUCCAUUCACGCCAGCGGCUUUCGCGACUUUUUCCUUAAACCCGAACUUCUCAGAGCCAUCGGGGACGCAGGCUUUGAACAUCCGUCUGAAGUGCAGCACGAGACGAUUCCGCAUGCAAUUACCGGUGUAGAUAUUUUGUGUCAGGCGAAGAGCGGCAUGGGGAAGACAGCAGUAUUUGUCUUAUCAAUCCUGCAGCAGCUGAACGUCGACUCCGCAGCAGCAGGAGCAGGAGCAGGGGCUACAGCGAAGCGCCCCGGGGGCGGCGAAGCCGCCGAGGGAGUUGCUGCUGCUGCAUCUGCUGCUGCAGACAGCAGCGCGGUGCCUGGGGUGAUGUGUUUGGGGCUUGCGCACACCCGUGAGCUGGCGUUUCAAAUAAAGAAUGAGUUUGAGAGGUUCAGCAAGUACUUAAAGCACGUAAAGUGUGAAGUCGUCUACGGCGGGGUACCUAUUCAGAAGAACAUCGAACUGCUUUCAGACCCGAAGCGCGUUCCUUCCAUUCUUAUCGGUACUCCAGGCAGAGUCCUCGCGCUGCUUAAAGGCAAACACCUCGACCCCAGCAAGAUCGCUCACUUUGUCCUUGAUGAAUGCGACAAAUGUCUAGAGAAGCUUGACAUGCGCAAGGACGUACAGUCUAUCUUCGUCUCCACGCCAAAGAAGAAACAAGUCAUGUUCUUCUCGGCCACGAUGGGGCGGGAGAUGCGAGCGGUUUGCAAGAGGUUUAUGCAGAAUCCAGUGGAGGUGUUCAUCGACGACGAGAGCAAGCUAACACUGCACGGGUUGCUGCAGUAUUACGUCAAGCUGGCAGAAGCAGACAAAAACCGAAGACUGAACGAUUUAUUGGAUUCUCUCGAGUUCAAUCAAGUCAUUAUCUUCGUAAAAUCCGUCUCUAGAGCGCAGGCGCUCAACAAACUCCUCACCGAGUGCAACUUCCCCUCUAUCGCCAUUCAUGCUGGCCUCGAUCAGGAAGAAAGGAUCAACCGCUACCAGCAAUUCAAGAACUUUGAAAAGCGCAUUAUGGUCGCUACAGACCUCUUCGGCCGCGGAAUUGAUAUAGAACGCGUCAACAUCGUUGUAAACUACGAUAUGCCUGAAAGCAGCGACUCGUAUCUGCACAGGGUUGGCCGCGCUGGCCGUUUCGGAACAAAGGGAUUAGCGGUGACGUUUGUGGCGAGUCAAGAAGACACGAAUGUGUUGAACGAUGUGCAGACACGUUUUGAGGUGCACAUCCCGGAAAUGCCUGCAACGAUUGACGCUUCUCAAUACAUUAACCAAUGA